UCCUUCUCUCUAUUUCCAUCGUUGAGCUUUAUCCCUUCAUCUCUGAUCUCCUUCAUCCCCUGCAAUCCUCAGCGGCGAGCAGGAGACGCCAGAGGAGUUGAGCACCAGCGACCAGUCGGCGUCCCAGAGCAGCAGUCGCCUUUGCCCGACGUCCACCCGAGAACCGGACGUGUGAAGGAAAGUUUCACUUGCAUUUCCCGCCAUUAACGUCCCCGAACUAGUGUCGCCAUGGCCUCCGAGAAAGCUGAGAUUGACGCUUUGAAAAAGGAAUGCGACGGACUCCGGGCCAAGAUCGAGGCGGCGCGCAAGGCCGUGAACGACACCACCAUGUCGGCGGCGGCGGGCAGCGUGGCAUCGGUCGGUCGCGUUCAACUCAAGCAGAGGAAGACGCUCAAAGGUCAUUUGGCUAAAAUCUAUGCCAUGCACUGGGGAGCUGACUCCAGACAAAUGGUGAGCGCGUCGCAGGACGGCAAGCUUCUGGUGUGGGACACCUUCACAGGAAACAAGCUAGUGGCAGUCCCUCUGAAGUCGGCGUGGGUUAUGAGUGUGGCGUUUGCGCCAUCAGGUAACCUGGUGGCCAGCGGUGGUCUGGACAACAUGUGCACCGUCUACAACAUCAAGGCGGCCAGUCCCAAGACCCUCAGAGAACUGGAUGCGCACACAGGUUACCUGUCGUGCUGCCGUUUUCUGAGCGACUCGGAGAUCCUGACAGCGUCCGGCGACACCACUUGCUGCCUGUGGGACCUGGAGACGGGCAAGCAGAAGGUGGUCUUCACCAACCACAUCGGGGACUGCAUGUCUCUGGCCCUGUCCCCUGACAUGAACAUGUUCAUCUCGGGGGCCUGCGACUCUCUGGCCAAGCUGUGGGACAUCCGGGAAGGCUCCUGCAAGCAGACUUUCAUCGGCCACACCAGCGACAUCAACGCCAUCGCUUUCUUCCAAAGCGGCAACGCUAUCAUCACUGGCUCGGACGACUGCAGCUGCAAGAUGUACGACCUGCGCGCCGACCAGGAAGUCAUUGGCUACCAGGACAGCAGCCUGAACGCCGGCGUCACGUCCCUGGCGCUCUCCAACUCGGGCCGCCUCAUCUUCGCCGGCUACGACGACUUCAACUGCCACAUCUGGGAUUCGCUCAAGGGCGAGAGAGUCGGUGUCCUGUCAGGCCACGACAACCGCGUGAGCUGCACCGGCGUCCCCGAGGACGGAAUGGGCGUCUGCACGGGAUCGUGGGACAGCUUCCUCAAACUCUGGAACUGAGAGCGUUCGUCCCGGCGUCAGGGGUGGGGAAAGAAAAAAAAUAAAACAAACCAAAGGCUAGAUGUUGUUCUCAGCAGGUUUCAUCACCACUCGUCCUUUUCCAUCUAUGCAAAAAAGAAACGGUCGAAACGGCGAGCAUCACACUAAACCAGCAAUUACGUUAUUGUUAAAAUCUACUAAUAGAUGACUUGACGGUAACAAAACAAAAUUGUGACACGAAAGUGUAGGAAUGCAGAUGUGUUUUUACCAUGACUGGUCAAUGAGACCUCAACUUGUAUGUAUAUAGUAUAAACUAGAUUGCUUUAGUGUCAAACGCUAGCACGGACACUUGAUGUUUAUUUAUUUUUAUUUUCUGGACUGCAUAUAGAUAUGCCACCCUGAAGGCUCCGCCCCUUUUAGCCCCACCCUUUACAUGUCUUGAUUUGUAUAUGUUAUUUAUUAUGUAUGCAAAUGAAUGAAAGGUCGAGUCAGGCCUGCUGUGAAACAUCUGUAACUGCAUUUUCUAGUACUUUCUGCAGUUCCUCUGUAAAAAGAAACUCUUUCUAAUAAAUGUAGAAUUCUGCAUUAAUCGCA